CAUGUUUCAAUAAGUCAGAACCGUAUAUUUGUGUCGAUGGUCAGAACCGAACCACGGCGGUGUGCUUUAAGGAAGGAUUUUUUUUCUUUACAAAAUCAGAAAGUUCGGUUUGAAUAAACUUUGGGUCAGAUACUCGGUCCAGAACGAGCGGAACGAACAGAAAUGUUCGGGUCCUGCUGUGAGCCGUCUCCCCCUAUCGGAGGGUUCGGGUCCUGCUCCGGCCAGCCGGACCGGUUCGGUCAGCGGUGAGGAAUGCGCAGCGGGCACUGAGCAGCUGCUGCUGACGCGGAAAGUCGUUCUUCUUUCUGACUCCAGAACUUCCAGAGGCCUAACCUUCCCGGUCACCCUGUAGCAGGAUGUCCUCCACCGCUGAACUGCCCUACCUCAUCUACACAACAUUACCCACAAUGCACUCCUCCAGUCCAGGGCUGCACACCGUGGAGCUCAACGCCACCGUGUGCCAGGACUGGGAGCAUAGCCACCAUCUGUUAUUCCAUCUGGGGAAUGUGUCCCUGCUGCUGGGCCUGCUGAUCCCCACCACCCUGGGUCUGCACAUGAUCCUGCUGCGCCUCUUCCUGAUGACAGGAUGCAGCCUCUUCAUCGCCUGGGCCACUCUGUACCGGUGCAACCUGGAUGUGAUGGUUUGGAAUGUAGUGUUUCUGGUCGUUCACUUCAUGCACUUCUUCUUCCUUCUGUACAAGCGCAGACCGAUUAAGAUUGACAGGGAGUUGCGGUCUGUCUACAAGCGGAUGUUUGAGCCACUCCAUGUUCAGGAGGCUUUAUUCCAGAGACUCACUGGACAGUUCUGUACCAUCCAGACUCUGAAGAAAAGCCAAGCCUAUGCUGCUGAGGACAAGACUUCUGUGGAUGAACGCCUAAGCAUCCUGCUUAAAGGAAAAAUGAAGGUGUCAUAUCGAGGCCAUUUUCUGCACAACAUCUAUGCCAACUCAUUCAUUGACUCUCCAGAGUUCAGGUCCACUGAGAUGCAGAGAGGAGAGAAAUUUCAGGUGACCAUAGUGGCAGAGGAAAACUGUAAGUUCCUGUGUUGGUCUCGAGAGAGGCUCACGUAUUUCCUGGAAUCAGACACUUUCCUCAGUGAAGUGUUUAGACACCUCAUUGGAAAAGACAUCACAAAUAAACUGUACUCUCUGAAUGAUCCUACACUCAGUGAUAAGGCAGUGAAGAAGAUAGACCGCCAGCCCAGCCUGUGCUCCCAACUUUCUAUGAUGCAAAUGAGGAACAGCAUGGCAAGCACCAGUGACACAGAUGAUGUCUUGAACCAGAUCCUUCGAGGGGGAUCUGCUGGAUCGUCAUUCCAAAAAUCCCCUGGCAAGUCCUCCACUAAGAUGAAGCCUAUAGAGGAGGGGAUAGAGAAUGAUGUUUUUGAAGAACCUUUUCAGAGUCUGCCCAACACUUCCAGAGAGGAGGUGUAGAAGGAAAAGGAGCAUCCAUCAGAGGCUUUUCAUAGUGAGCCGCUUUAUUUAUUCUGACUGACACAAGCACCGCUUAUAUUCAUUUUUACACCAGUUAAUUCACAAACUACCAUGACCAUUAGAAUGUUUUUUUUUACAUUUGUGGCUUCUUUCCUUUUCUUCUACUCUGUAUUAUCUUCAUGAUAAAUACAAACAUUUGUUUGUUAUUACACUUUAAAGAGCAUCACAACUUCCAGCACAUUUUUCUGUGUGAUCUCAUGGAUUUUCUACUCUAUUAAACACAAUUUCAAUGUAUUUAGAAUGAAAUAAUAACUUAGAGUUCAUUAUUUGUCAUCGGCUCUAAACUUUGUAUUCAUUGUGUUUCACUUUACUGGCGGCAUAGUAAUGUGCUGCAGAUCCUGUAAAUUAAUUUAAUAAUUAAUAAUCAGCUUUUAGUUAAUAAGCAGUUGUCUAAAAUAUUUUACUAUAGCUUAUAUUAAUAUUCUGAUAUGUGUUUAGUGACAAAAGAGAAGUCUUUAGUCUUUUAGAAACAGAAUUUGUCCACCUGUGAAGCACAGGAGCAGCAUAAAGAGUCUGGUUCUCUAGGUAGGAGACCAGGGCAGAGGCUUUGGUGCUCUGAUCCCUGGAGACUUAAACGGGCGUCUGGGACAUGUAGCAACACCUCGCUAACAGGUAAGGAGCUGGAGGAAGAGGCUGAGCUAUGCUGGCUAGUAGUCAGACGCACUUCUACAUCCAAGUCAUCGAGGGAGGGGGAAAGGCCACUAUGAGCUGGAGGUGUCAUUGUUCAACUAGUGCUUUGUUUUUGGUUUUCUGUGCAAGUUACAGUUUGGUCAGAAUGAACUCACAGCAGAGAGGUUUACUUUACAGAGCUGAGUUCGGUUGAUGACUGAAUCUCAGAUCUCAGAUAAUUCCUAAUAACUAUAUGAUGAUCCCUAAUCCUUUUCUGGUCAUUUAUGUCAGUUUAUUAUAUUUUACUGACAGUGUAAACCUCAUAGAAUAAAAUGCUUUGCAUUUUGUAAAAAAGUUUGUAAUUAUUUCCACAAAUUAUAUAUAUAUAUAUAUAUAUAUAUAUAUAUAUAUAU